UGCGAACCGACCAACAUGGCCGCGUGCAGCGUGGAGGAGCUGUUGGCCAAAGCGGACCAGGAGGAGGCCGAGAGGCUGAAGAGCGUCUCGGUCCAGAAGGAGCUGGACCUGGAGUUUGACGUCGGGAACCUCCUGGCUUGCGACAAGAACCGCGUCGAGCCCUGUGACUUCAGGGAGAAGAAGAGAGACGAGUUCCUGCGGGCCUUGGCCCGCGACAACACGCAGCUUCUCAUCAACGAGAUAUGGAAACUGCCCACGGAGAGGGUGGAAGAGGUUAUCGUGGCCAAACUCCCGGAGCAGACCACCCGGCUGCCCAGAGAAAAGCCCCCGCCGAAGCCCAAAGCCCCGACCAAGUGGGAGCAGUUCGCCAAGCUGAAAGGCAUCCAGAAGAAGAAGAAGACUAAUUUGGUGUGGGAUGAAACCGCCAAGGAGUGGAGGAGGCGCUGGGGCUACAAGCGGGCCAAAGACGACACCAAAGACUGGCUGAUCGAGGUCCCGGAAACCGCGGACCCCAACGAGGACCAGUUCGCCAAGCGGAUAAAGGCCAAGAAGGAGCGGGUGGCCAAAAACGAGUUGAACCGCCUGAGGAACAUCGCCAGAGCGCAGAAAGUCAAAACCCCCGGAGAGGGACUGCUGCCCAAAGCCCAGCAGUCCAAAGACGAGCUGGUCAAAGCCGUGAGCGUGGCCAAGACCUCCACAGCGUCCGUGGGGAGGUUCCAGGACCGCCUGCCCAAAGAGAAACCCCCCAAGAACUCCGGCAAGAAGAGGAAGUUCGAGCCCCUGAUCGGCGACUUCUCCAGCGAGAAGCAGAAGCAGCUGGAGCUGCUGAAGGUCAUGGGCACCAAGACCUCCAAGCUGGAUAUCACCAAGGCGGUGAACACACAGAUGAGGGAGGAGGACAGAGAGGAGGCUGCGGCCCGGCGGAGGAAGGGCGCUGGGGGAAAAGGGGGAAAGGGGCGCAAAGGCAACAUGGCGGGGAGAGGCAAGGGGAAAGGGAAGGGGCCCAAAGGGAAAGGGGGGAAAGCUGGAGGAGGAGGAGGGAAGAGAAGAGGAAAACCAGGGAAGCACUGAGGAUUCCCUGCUUCAUCUGGAGUUAUUCUGCAGCAGAAUGAACUGAUUUACUGAUGUUGAUGAAUAAAUCUGCAAUCUGAUCCAAGCAUUCUUGGAUACUUGUAGACAAAACAUGUAAUCUGAGUAUAAACAUACCCAGACGCUGCAGAUUAAAUUCAUAUGGACUAUUUGUUUUCUUCAGAAUAUGCUCAAACCACUGCAGAGGCUUGAUGUGAAAACUUUAUCAAUAUUAUAAUGUUGAUAAUAUGUUUGGUUUAUUUAGAGAAAGAUGUAUUGCAAAAGAGGAGGCUACUAUCACAACUGUUUGAUUAAAGGAACAUUUGUAAUAUU